GCUUGGUCCCGCCCUUUCCUGCAGCACGGCCGCGGUGGAAUGGGCAGAACAACGUCGCAGAGCCGCGGCCAGGACUGGAGGAGGAGGAGGAGAUCCACGCUGAGACGGUGAUCCACGGACGUCAGAUCCACGAGCAGCAGCGCACAGCAGCGCACAGCAGCAGCAGAGGUGGGAGCCGCGGUCGGACCCGCUUAUGGGAAAGACGAUGGGAUAACGCGCCCCCCCCACCGCGGGCGGACAGACUCACAGAGCUCGUAAAUUAAGGAAUCACUGCUUUUCACCGCGCUGUUUCAUCUCCUCGGGACGGAACGAAGGUGGAAGAAACAUCGGAUGGUCUUCUGCGAGCAGUGGGAUAUACAUACAGUGAGUGAAGAGGUCCGGGGGUCUCCUCAUCCCGAGUACCGAGUUCUCCUGAGCAGGACCACCGGCCGGGGGUCUCCUUAUUCGGACCCUCGGGAUUCAGAUGUUCUGGGACUCUGAUGUUCUUGGAGUCAGAUGUUCUUCUGUUCCAUCCCAUUUCUGAGAGCUGAGAGAGAACAACAUCAAACACGGAUAUUGAAAUUUCACCGUUUUUGUGAAUCUGACUUAUCAACUCAAUGUUAAAUGUUUUUAUCCCUGGGAUUUUGGAUAUGUAGAGGGAAUUUAAAGUAGAAAUGUUAACAUCAGUGUUAAAACACGCAGAUCGCAGGGGAGUAUCUUUACAGCUGCACUGACUGAAUCCUCGUGUGUGAAUAUGUUAUCAGGAUUACUUGUUUGAGAUUUGAUUUGAAAGUAUUAAUUAUGUAAAAAGAUGAAUUGACUGAGAACAGAGUCGUCUUCCUGGUGAAUACAGAAACUGGGGAAUUAAGUGUUUUAAGUGUCAUUUUUCCACUGAGGGAAGUACAGUUUCUCUGUCAGUCAUGGUGGAACCGGUGGGUUUUGUCGAAGCCUGGAGAGCUCAGUUCCCAGAGUCAGAUCCCCCAGUGAUGGAGCUAAACUCAGUGGGUGACAUUGAGCAGGAGCUGGAGAAGUGCAAGGCCUCCAUCCGCAGACUGGAGAUGGAAGUGAACAAGGAGCGAUUCCGCAUGAUCUACCUGCAGACGUUGCUGGCCAAGGAGAGGAAGAGUUACGACCGGCAUAGGUGGGGGUUCAAGAGAGUGUCCCAGAUAAAUGAGGGGGACCAGCCAGCUGGCGUGGACCUCCAGCUGGCUCAUGCACAGGAGACAGGAGAUGGUGAUCGGGGUAAAACCCAUCCUCCAGGGGAGGAGAGACCUAGACCCAGACCUCCACCACCCAGGAAACUGUCCUCUCACGGUCCAGACUUUGAACUUUCACCGUCUGUGGAGAUGACCCAUAGGGAGACUGAUGAGACAGAAAGGUGUAAAUACUAUGGCGAGGGUGAGGUUGAUGGGCCAUCAUCAUGCCAACAGAGGAGUGGGGUUUCCUCCCGGAAGUCCACGGUGACUUCAACGCCACAUGACAAGGAGGACACCUCCCCAAAGGAAAAGCCAGGCAUGGGCCUAGGGGUUGCUGCUCUGAGGUCCAACUUUGAGCGCAUCAAGCGGGCCAACUCGCACUCAUCGGCCGACAUCAAGGGAAGCCUCGAGAAGCCCUUCUACGUCAACAUGGAGUACCACCACGAAAGGGGGCUGGUGAAGGUCAAUGACAGGGACGUGUCGGAUAAGAUCAGCACACUUGGCAGCCAGGCCAUGCAAAUGGAACGCAAGCGAUCUUUGCAUUCCCUCACGGGGAAUCAGACCUCUGGCCUGGGCGAGCUCCGGAGACCCGUCCACAGGGGACGCUCUGCAGAGACCAGCUGCGGGUAUGAUGCUGAGUAUGAGGACACUGAGUUGAACCCACGGUUCUUGAGGGACAACCUGGUGCGGACCAACGGGGCCAAGGUGGACCGCCACAAGCCGCCACCACCUCCUUCGCAGUGGCAGUCAGACUUCCAACCGUACACGAGCGUCUAUGUCGGGGGAAUGAUGGGCGAUGGCGAUAGCCGUUCCAGGGAGCACGGCAGCAAUGACAGGCACAUGACCUGGCCACGGCGGUCCUACUCACCCAGCAGUUUCGAGGACGUCGGAGGCGGCUAUACGCCGGACUGCAGCUCGAACGAGAACCUGACAUCGAGCGAGGAGGACUUCUCCUCAGGCCAGUCCAGCCACGUGUCACCGAGCCCAACGGCCCACCGCGUGUUCCGGGACAAGAGCCGCUCACCUUCCCAGCAUUCCCAGCAGUCCUUUGACAGCAGCAGCCCCCCGACCCCGCAGUCCCAGAAACGGCACAAGCAGCAGGUGGUCGUGGUGUCAGAGGCCACCAUUGUUGGGGUCAGAAAGACCGGGCAGAUAUGGCCCACCAACGGAGACUCCACUCCAUCCAGCAGAGCUUCACAUGACAACAGCUUCCACGGAGACCUAGACACUUCCUUCAGCGGGACUCCGCCCACCUACGGGUUCGACGCGGACCGGGCCGAGGAGCAGCGGCGGCACCACGACAUCAUGCCCUACAUCGACGACUCGCCCGCCUCCUCGCCCCGCCUCGGCUCCAAGAGCCGCGGCAGCCGUGACACGCUCUCCUCAGGCUCCCUGGAGUCCUCCAAGUCGACGGAGCUGGAUGCUGAGAAGGGCCUGGAGAUGCGCAAGUGGGUUCUGUCCGGGAUCCUGGCCAGCGAGGAGACCUACCUCGGCCAGCUGGAGGCGCUGCUGCUGCCGAUGAAGCCCCUGAAGGCGGCAGCCACGACCUCGCAGCCCGUGCUGACGGUCACGCAGAUCGAGACCAUCUUCUUCAAAGUGGCCGAGCUCUACGAGAUCCACAAGGAGUUCUACGAUGGGCUCCUUCCCCGCGUGCAGCAGUGGAACCACCAGCAGCGUGUUGGCGACCUCUUCCAGAGGCUGGCUAACCAGCUUGGACUCUACCGGGCCUUUGUGGAUAACUACGAGGUUGCCGUGGAAACGGCCGAGAAGUGCAGCCAAGCUAACUCACAGUUUGCUGAAAUCUCCGAGAACCUCAAGGUCCGUAGCAGCAAGGAGUGCAAGGAUCACACGGUGAAGAUGUCACUGGAAGCCCUGCUGUACAAACCAGUGGACAGAGUGACCCGCGGUACCCUGGUGCUUCACGACCUGCUGAAACACACCCCACCCAGCCACCCGGACCACCCUCUGCUUCAGGACGCCCUCCGCAUCUCCCAGAACUUCCUGUCCAGCAUCAAUGAGGAGAUCACGCCCCGACGGCAGUCCAUGACGGUCAAGAAGGGAGAGCACCGGCAGCUCCUGAAGGACAGCUUCAUGGUGGAGCUGGUGGAAGGCGCCCGGAAGCUGAGACACGUCUUCCUCUUCACGGACCUGCUGCUCUGUGCCAAGCUAAAGAAGAUGACGGGCGGGAAGAGUCAGCAGUACGACUGCAAGUGGUACAUCCCUUUGGCCGACCUCGCCUUCCAGAACGUGGACGAGUCCGACUCCUGUCCCAUCCCCCAGGUCCCUGACGAAGAUAUCGACGCCAUGAAGAUCAAGAUCUCGCAGAUCAAAAAUGAGAUCCAGCGCGAGAAGAAGGCCAACAAGGGAGGCAAGCUGGUGGAGCGGCUGAGGAAGAAGUUGUGUGAGCAGGAGUCCCUGCUGCUCCUCACGUCCCCCUGCAUGGCCUUCAGGGUGCACAACCGCAACGGCAAGAGCUACACGUUCCUGAUCUCGUCGGACUACGAGAGGGCCGAGUGGCGGGAGGCCAUCCGGGAGCAGCAGAAGAAGCGCUUCAAGAGCUUCUCGCUGACCUCGGUGGAACUGCAGAUGUUGACCAACUCAUGUGUGAAGCUGCAGACGGUGCACAGCAUCCCGCUGACCAUCAACAAAGAAGACGACGAAUCGCCAGGACUCUACGGCUUUUUGAACGUAAUCGUCCACUCCGCGUCGGGACUUAAACAGAGCUUAAAUCUGUACUGCACCUUAGAGGUGGACUCCUUUGGGUACUUUGUGAACAAGGCCAAGACACGGGUGUACCGGGACACGACGGAGCCCAACUGGAACGAGGAGUUUGAGAUCGAGCUCGAGGGGUCCCAGACACUGAGGUUGCUGUGCUAUGAGAAGUGCUACAACAAAAGCAAGCUGAACAGAGAGGACGGAGAGAACUCGGACCGCAUCGUAGCUAAAAGCCAAAUCCAGCUGGAUCCACAGGCGCUGCCGGGCAAAGACUGGCAGAGGACUGUCGUCUCCAUGAACGGGAUUGAGGUGAAGCUUUCCAUGAAGUUCACCAGCCGGGAGUUCAGCCUGAAGAGAAUGCCAUCGCGGAAACAGACUGGUGUUUUUGGGGUCAAGAUCAGCACAGUAACCAAGCGCGAGCGCUCCAAGGUGCCCUACAUCGUGAGGCAGUGCGUGGAGGAGGUGGAGCGCCGCGGCAUGGAGGAAGUGGGCAUCUACCGCGUGUCAGGCGUGGCAACCGACAUCCAGGCCCUGAAGGUGGCCUUCGAUGCCAACGACAAAGACGUGUCCGUCAUGAUGAGCGAGAUGGACGUCAACGCCAUCGCAGGCACCCUGAAGCUCUACUUCCGCGAGUUGCCGGAGCCUCUCUUCACGGAUGAGCUGUACCCCAGCUUCGCCGGAGGCAUCGCGCUCUCUGACAGUGUGGCCAAGGAGAGCUGCAUGCUCAACCUGCUGCUCUCACUGCCGGAACCCAACUUGGUCACCUUCCUCUUCCUCCUGGACCAUCUGAAGAGGGUGGCGGAGAAUGAAAGUGUCAACAAGAUGUCCCUCCACAACCUGGCCACGGUGUUUGGUCCCACCCUGCUGCGGCCCUCCGAGAAGGACAGCAAGAUCCCCGCCAACCCCACGUUGCCCAUCAGCAUGGGGGACAGCUGGUCACUCGAGGUCAUGUCACAGGUCCAGGUCUUGCUGUAUUUCCUGCAGCUGGAGACAAUCCCAACCCCGGACAGCAAGCGGCAGAGUAUCCUCUUCUCCACCGAGGUGUAAAGGGAGACACGUCCUUUCCUUUCGCAAAACUGGACACCGACGGGGGCGAGACGCUCUCCCCUAAAGGAUCAUGGGGGUUUGCAUGGAUCAGAAACUGAAGGAGCGGUCCAGUUUCCCCUCGCAGCAACGCCAAGCACCGUUGGCACAACGUGUCCACCAGAGGGCGAGAACAUCCCGCUGGACUGCAGAACUCGCAUUUCUUACCCCAUUGUUUUAUUGCCCUGGUUCUCAGCUGGCUGUGUCCUGCUGGGGAUAAACAGUCUGCCAGUGUGUGAGUGUUUGUGAAUGUGUGUGUGCGCACGCAUGUGCAUUUCUUUUCCCGCUAUUGCAGAAGCCAACAGCUUGUGUGCAAUCCUUGAAGGACGUUAGUGUAAAACCUAAAUAGAGACACUAGAGAGACACAAACAACUUGAAUCGUUUCCAUGCUGACUUUAAUGACAUUUAAGUUUCGUUCGUCUUCAGUGCUGAAGUUUUUUUUGCAGAACAAAUGUUCCUUUAUUAGGCCACGCACAAUAACACAAUCAAAUCAUCUGUAAUCUCAUCGCCUUCGAAAACAUUACUUUGCACCAAACUUUGCUAUAACGCACGUUACAAGUUAUUCCUCACGAUAACAUCUGCUGAUGUCAAAAAUAAGACAGAGUUCCACAUAACACAAUAAUUCCACAUAAAACUUUCUUCAUAUUACAUGUAUAAAACAGCUCUUUAACACACCUAUUAAAAAAAACAGUUCCAAAUAAACAACAAAUCAUUUAACAAACAUGAAGACCACAGAAACUGAAAUGCAAAACCUCAUUCUCUCAACUUAAAAGUAAUCAACUUCACUCUUCAAUGCUGCGCUUGACCAAAUUUGAUUGGCUGCAGCUCCUUCAAUAGCUGCCCAGCAAAGGUUUUGGUCAUAUUUGAUUGGUUGACCUUUCCCUCCAGUUACAAGGCCUGUACAGUCAACCCUGAUGCUCACACUCGCGGUUGCCCCUUAUUCCGCUGAUCCUGUUUGCAUCAUGUGUCAGGAACGCUACACUGCUUUGAUGUACUUAUUUAUGACAAUCAUGUCACAAGAGGAGAUCCUAUGACUAGAUGACCUUUGUUGUGGAGAAACAGAGGCUACUGCGAGUGACUAAUCGGCCAAACUACUGCGGGAAACCCGUUUUUGAGCUGUGCUGCGCUCAGAUAGACCAGCGAGUGUAGCCUGCAAUAGUGCAGGUGUUUGUUGAAGCGUAAAUGUGUGCAGACAGGCUCCUUGGUGACAGAUGUUUUGGGAAAAGUGACGUGACUCAGCCGCUUUCUGAAUUCCCAGCUGGCUACCUGGCUUUUUAACAUAUUCCCAGCCUAGUUGAAACGCUCUACUUGCUAUUCAGAUCGCAUGGUGUACCCCAGCGUAGGCAUGUAACGUCUUGACAGGUGGCAUGGAGAGCCGGAGCCUCCGCACAUCAGAGGCGAGACCGCCCACAAUCUGCAGAAGUCAUCAGGUCAUGUCUUGCCCUCCGUUAUCCGACCUCCUUUGUCUUGGUUGUGAUGGCAACAGUUAUAUGUUGCUUUUGUUGUUAUUAUCCACCCUGGACCUGGUGGCACUUCCUUAUAAAAGCACGUUGACCGACUGCUCAGUUCUCAGAAUGAUUAAUGUCAAGGCAGCAAUGUUUUAAUGAAACACCUACAUGUUAUUUGUGUUUAGUCAGUCUUUCCAUAUAUGUCACGUGGCUGCCGUAUCUUUCAUAGGAUGUACCAUUUAGUGUAGACAAGCUGUGCUGUUUAGUUAAUUUAAUGAUCUGUAAUGUUCAUUUAUAUGAAAAUCAUUUGAAAGCUGUGCUUUGCCAUUUUAUUUGUGUUGACCAUGUCUUAAAUUGAUUGUAUUUUAAUUUUGAUUUGCAUGAGUGUUGUGCAGUUGGAGUCGUGGAGUCGGAAGCAAUUAUUGGGUUACUGGAGUCGGAAAAGAUGUACCAACUCCAACUAAAUGUACCAUAUAUGCCGGCAUUUUAGUCGAUCUGGCGUAUAAGUCGAGCCCCAAAAAUUACAGGCGUAAUAUAGGUUUAGGCCUGUAUUCGCCGGAUAAGUUGACCCCCAAAAUAAUGUGCAACUUUUGGG